AUGGAGUAUAAAUUGAAAGCAAUUAGUAACAAUAUUGAUAAUGAUAGAAUUAUUGACAUGAUGCUCGAGGAAAGUAGCAAUAAUAGUGCUAGUGGGAAAUGGGAGAGCAAAACUAUUUCGACGAAUCACAUUUGCGAAAAAAAUGUUCCUGUGCUGUACAGUACACUACGGGGUGUCUAUUUGAGAAAAUUUAAUAAAAGUUCAGCAAAUAAUUAUUCAAUUGAUUUUUGUGAUUUAGAGCGAUGGAACUAUCGAAAAAAUCACAUGGAAUCAAUUGGAUUAACGCCGCCAAGCACUUCAUCUGAUAAAUCGUCAACAUUCCAAUCCGUUAAACCAAUUAAAAUUGUACGAGCAAGGAGUGAGACAAAAAUGGAUGAAAAGAGUAUGGAAUCGCCAAGUUGA